AUGCCCCUCUGCACCCUCCACCUCCUCGCCCUCACCCGCCCAAGCCCAGUCUCCGCCUCCGCCUCCAACCCCACCGACUCCGCCGACUCCGCCGACUCCGACUCCGACCCCGUCCCCCCCUUCCUCACCACCCUCCUCCGCGCCAUCAACAACAACAACGAAAAAGAAAAGAUCAAACCCCUCACCAUCGCCCGCCCCCUCCGCUGGAUCGUCACCCCCUCCGCCCCGCCCUCCCGCCACCUCCCCGCCGCCCACCAGUGGGACCUGCUGCUCAUCUUGCCCGCGACCGCGACUUCGAGUUCGAGUUCGGCCGCGCAGUUGCCAUCACCGCUGCUCGACCCCCGCCUCGUCGCCGCGAGGUGGAGCGUGACGUUCGGCGUGCCGGGGCGGGUGUUGCGCGGGUACGAGGGGCGGAACGAAGGGCUGUUGAGGGGGCCGGCGGCGAACGCGGGCGCGGGGGGUGGGGAUGAUGUGCCGGCGGUGGAGGAGGCGGCGGCGGCGGCGGCAACAGCGGCAGCGGCGGCGGUGGGGGGAGGAGGAGGAGCUGGUGCUGGUGGUGCUGGAGGAGUAGGGCGGCUGGCGAGCAGCGCGCAGGGGUUGGAGUUGAGCGGGGAGCUGAUGGAUUGGGUUAGGGAGGUUGGUCGUGGUGGUGGAGGCGGCGGCGGCGCGGUCAGCAUGCUCAAUCUGCUGGCGUUCAGGGAUGGGAUGAAGGGGGAGUAUUUGAAGUAUGGGAAGGCGUUUGCGGAGGAUGUGGGGAGGAGGUGGGGGGGUGUGGCGAAGAUUGUGGGGACGGUGGUGGAGGAUGGUGGGGGGAGGGGGGUGGGCGUUGGGAACGAUGGCGGCGGCGGCGGUGGUGAGGAGGGAGAGAAAAGGGUGUGGGAUGAGGUUGCGUUGGCGCAUUAUCCGAGCAUCUGGCACUUUGCGGGCAUGUUGGCGAGCGAGGAUUAUCAGGCUGUCAAUCAGAGGCACAGGGUGGGGAGCUUGAAGGAUACGUUUAUUCUGUGCACCACAGAGCUGGGCCUGCCUGGUGGCGAUUGUGAUGGGAAAGAGGGAAGAGCUGCGGCGAAGCUCUGA